GUUAGAAUGAGCUUAGAUUUAAGCGAGAGUUUGAGGCGAGAAGACCUUGCAAAAUAUUCACACAAAACGGACAAAUAUUGACAACAACACAAGUGAAAGCCGUAGAAGAAAAUCAAAAAACAGUUUUAAACAAAAUUAUAAAUUAUCAUAAAGUUUUUGAGUUCGACAAGAAAGAAAGAAAGCAAACAAGUGCUGAAUAAAGUAGUGCGUGUUAGUGCAAGAAGACUUAUUGCAAAAUUUGCAAAGUGCAAAGUAAUUGACAAAAUAAAAGCAAAAUGAGUUUGCACAGAACAUUAUUGGCCGUGCUGCUCAGUUGUGCCACAAUGGACACACUGCUGGGGCCACAGCCUGUACAUAGCUUUGCCAUAGGCCAAUCAAAAUACGGACGCAUCGAAAAAUUCCCCUACCAAGUGAUGUUGAUCGGCAAACAGUUGUGGCGCAAGCGUAUACUCUGCGGCGGCACGCUGCUCGAUCAGCGUUGGAUACUCACCGCUGGCCACUGCACCAUGGGCGUCACACACUUCGACGCCUACCUGGGCGCGCUCACCAUCGACGAUGCCGCCGAAACAGGACGUCUGGUAUUGCGCUCGAAUAAAUUCAUCGUACACGAACGUUUCAAUCCCAACACGGCGGCCAAUGAUAUAGCGCUCGUCAAACUACCCAUGGAUGUGGCCUACACACCGCGCAUACAACCCGCAACGCUGCCCUAUCUCAAGCGCAACGACGCACUGACCGGCGCCAAAGUCGUCGCCACCGGUUGGGGUGCUAACAACGAGAUGUCCAAUUACAACCCCAUGCAAUACACCGAACUGCGUGUGAUCUCCAAUCAAGAGUGCGCCAACGAAUUCGAUGUGGUCACCGAUGGUGUGCUCUGUGCGAAAGGUUUGCGCGACGAAACUGUCUGCUCCGGCGACUCGGGCGGUCCGUUAGUGCUGAAGAACACACAAACUGUCGUGGGUAUCACGAGUUUCGGACCUGCCGAUGGUUGUGAGACCAAUAUACCCGGUGGUUUUACGCGUGUCACACACUACCUCGAUUGGAUCGAAGUGAAAACGGGACGUUUGGGUCAACAGGCGCAACAACAAAAACCACAAGUGCAGCGGCUGCAGCAAGUGUCGCAGCGCGCGCAAACGCUCAUGCGCAAAGCGGUGAAACUCAACGAUAAUGUGGUGUAAUUUAGUGCGCGCGGGUGGGGUUUCAAGAAAUUGCAUUGGGGAGAAUUUGGAAAAAUUCGUCUUUUGACUGACUGAAAACAAAGCUUUAAUUUUUGAUUUUUAACUCGUAUUUAUUAUUAACUUUAAAGAAAUGUGUAAAUACUUAAGUUAGAAAAUGGUGAACAUUUGCAGAAGAAGAGUGUGUAUGAAAAUGGCGAUGCCUUGCGCUCGGGCGCCCACAUGUGAGUCACUCGUGAAAGCGUCGUGACGCUAAGCGCAGUGCCGUUAGCAGCCAUGAGUGUUUGUGUGUGUGUACUUCAAAUUCAAAUGGGACUCGUUCGUCGCGCUCUUUGAAGUGUCCAGUUCUUGGCGCGCGUCAUUAAAAAUGCUCGCAAUUAAACGAUUUUAAGUAAAAUGUUUUUAGAAAUGGCAAACACGCACACAUACAGGCAAGCGUUUAAGUAAUAUUGUAGUACGAUACGAUGGAAGAAUGUGAUAUUUGUGAAUAGUGGUUAAUAAAAAAAAAUUGUGUGUGCGCUUGUGUUUGUGUAUGUGUACGUGACUUCAUUAAAUUUAGUUAAUGCAUUGUUUCACUUAAAUUUAAAAUUAUUAAAAAUACACACACACAGGCACACAUAUGUACUAAGUAGUAUUUAGUAUUAAGUAUGAUAUUUAAUGUAUUAUUUAUUUUAAUUAAUUGCACGAAAGGAAUUACGUGUUUGCGCAUAACGCUGUUUCUUGGUUUGCUGCUUUUCAGUAUAUAAACUCACACACACACACACACACGUGCAAAUUAUAUUAUUUAUUUGUGUUGUGCUUUUUUAUCAACGCAAACUAAAUGAAAUUUAAUGAGUUAAAAGCCACAAACAAGUUAUACGGUUAUCAGCAAACAAUUAAUAUUCAUAUUUACAUAUUCUAACGUGGAAACACCUAUACUAUAUAUAUAUGUAUAAGAACAAAGACAAAAACAAAAACAAAAAAAAAAUAAAGCAAAGCUGCGAAAAAAUAAUAAAUAAAUUCAAACAAUAUUUAAAACAAA